AUGGAGAGUGGAACAUCUCGCUUGGAGAAAUUACUGGAAUCGAUCCAAAAUGGCGAUGACGAAUCGGAAGAACUGCAAAUCCCACAAGGACUUCGAAAUCGUCUGUAUCCGCACCAACUUAGUGGGGUGCAAUGGUUAUGGAAAAUGCACAACAGUCCCUACAAGGGUGCCCUUUUGGCGGAUGAUAUGGGUCUUGGCAAGACGGUCCAAGUGUGCGCCUAUCUGCAGUCCAUUGCAGACCGCGGGCUUCUCGACUCUUGCCUAAUCGUCGUUCCCAACAGUGUUGUUCCCGUUUGGCAGAAUGCAUUUCGCGAGUGGACAAGGUUGCCCGUCAUUCUCUUCCAUUCAGUGAGUCCCAAGGGCAAGAAAGACAUUCAAGACAAAGUACACAACGCGUUCUCGGUAGUCCUCACCACCUACGGCACUCUGGAUCGGAACGUCGAGUAUUUCUCCGCUUUCUGGACAGACACAGACCAAGCGUCGUGGGACUAUGUAGUGCUAGACGAGGGCCACAAGAUCAAAAACAGCAAGUCCGAAAACUCGCAAUGCUUGAAAGACAUCCCAUCCAAGCAUCGAAUCAUGCUGACGGGCACUCCGCUCCAAAACAAUCUCCUCGAGAUGUGGAACAUCAUGGACUGGCUCUGCAACCACCAGCUGCUCGGCGAGCGAUCGGCAUUUGAUCAUGUCUUCCGAAAGCCCAUCGAACGCGGCAACGACAAGCGAGCGACGCAGGAUAUCCGCGAUUACGGAGACAUGAUGGCGAAGCAGCUGCACGACGAGAUUUUUAAGGUGACUUUGCGGCGCGAGAAAAGCGCGGUUUUUCGAGAUUCGUCGAUCCCCGCGAUUAGCAAAAAGACGGAAAUCGUGUUGUGGUGCCGCAUGAACGCGCGGCAAAUCGCGAUGUACGAGUGCUUCCUGCAGUCCAACCGCGUGAAAACCGCGCUGAAAACCGCGAAACAGGCGCUGCCGAGCUUGAUCGUGCUGCAGAAAAUGCGAGGAAUGGAGGGCGGAUUGACGCGUAGAACGAACCACGUGAUGCUGCUGAAUCAGAAGGAGCGACGCACGGUGAACGAGGUCGCGGUGAGGGAGGCGGGCGUGUCGCAGGGCGUUUUGUUUGAUGGGAUUUUUGGCGAUGGAGCGUCGGAUUUGGAUUCCACCGAAGCGACCGAAGACGAAGAAGAAACAGACGAAGAAAAAACAGAAGAAGAAGAAACAGAAGAAGAAGAAGAAGAAAACGAGGAAACAGACAUAACCAAAAAAGAUGAAGCGAAUCUUUCGGCGAUGGAAUACGCUUUACUGAUUCAAAAGCAGCGACAAGCCAAACUCGAAGCGUCCAAACCCGAUCCCAAGCCCGACCCAGCGAGCAGCGCGGCCCCGAAAGAGCCGAAAGGCCUGUCGAUCCGCAAGCUGCAGUCGCUGCUUCGCCAGCUCUCCGAGGAGGCUUUGUACGCGUACGGGAACAAGCUGAGCGUCGUGGUUCCGCUGGUGGCGCGUCUCCGAAGCGAAGGAAACCGCGUGAUCGUCUUCGCGCGGUAUUUGAAGAUGCUGCUGAUCCUGGACGAGUGUUUCCAGCGCCGAGGCAUCCGCACGAUCCAUUACAACGGCAUGCUGGGGCUGGAGCAGCGCGCUGCGGCGCUGGCUGCGUUCAAACAGAGCGGAUCGGGCGUGCUGCUGAUCACGGUGGGCGCUGGAGGCGAAGGAAUCACGGUGACGGAGGCGGACCGGAUCGUGCUGCUCGAUCCGAACUGGAACCCGACGGUGGACGAGCAGGCGAUCGACCGAGCCUAUCGGAUCGGGCAGACGAAGAACGUGAUCGUGUAUCGCUGCGUGACGUGCGGGACGAUCGAAGAGAAGAUGUACGCGCGACAAGUGUGGAAGCAGUGUCUCAAUAAGAAGGUGAUCGAGAACAAGCACACGCUGCGGCAUUUCUCCAAAGACGAACUCAAGGAUCUCUUCCAGCUGAACGACCCUCAGCACUCCGCCAUGCGCGCCAAUAUCGCGGAGCUCCGAUUGCAGGUCGAUCUCCCGGAAAAUCCCAGUCACAUGCGCUUUCUCCAGUCGCUCGACAUCGACGGAAUCAGCGAGCACUCCCAGCUCUUCACGCUCGACCACGAGCAAAUCCGAAAGAUCGUCCAGAGCUCCCUGCAGAACCAGAUCCAGAGCAGCGAUCUCCGCAAACUCCUCCAGGGAAACUUCGCUCAGCACCCCGUUUCCCCGCGGAAACCCGCCAACCCGCGGAAAAUCCUCUCGAAAAACCUCAAUAAGGGGCAGUACUACUUCUCCUCCUCCGAUUUCCCGCGGUUCGAAGAGCCCGCGCGAUCGGGGUUUGAUCGUCAUCGCGAAGCGAGUCGUCGCUCGCAGUACAGCCGGCCGUUUCACUCGCGUCCGCACGCGGAGAACACGGUGAGUCCGGAUUGGAUGUUCGCGAAGAAGCGACGCGCGGCGCUGACGGCGAAUUCGCGGUCGAAUCAGGCGGAGAACGAAGCGGGGAGGGGAAACGGGGAAACGGGAGAAACGCAGAGCGUGCAGAGAAGGAAACGGUUUGUUCCGGAUCGAACGAAGGCGUCGAAACGAAUCCAAUUGAAUGAAUUGAAUGGAUCGAAUGGAUUGAAUGGAGGAAUGGAAGCGAGGAGGAGCGAAGAAGGAAAGAAUGCGUCGAGGGAAGCGUUGAUUGGGAGUCAAAACCCGAUCAAUGAGCGGAGAGAUGAGAUUUUGGAGUUGGGAAGCAGCUCGGAUAGCGAUGUGGAAGUUGUGUCGGUGCGACGUCCGAGGAAGAGAGUGGUGGUGGAUUUGGCGAAUGGAUCGGAAAGUGACGGGGAGAAUGCGUUGUGA